UUGCAUCAGCAGUGCAUCACUGCUGUGUAGUACUACGGCGGUACACCAGUGACAUGGCCGCUCCAUACUAAGCACACAAGGUAGACUUGUGCGAAACAAACAUCUAUUUGGAAUAACGCACAGACCUAAACCUUGGGAGAAUUGUUUUUUUCUUUAUUUAUCUCCUAUAAGAUCGCAUCAUCUUCUUGACUUCAAAUUCAUCCAUGCACCGAAUGGUUUUUUUCGGGUACAUUCACAAUUAUGUGGCGGUUCAAAGCUUAAGAAAUUAUUGCGCGGUUGCGGGAAAUGAUAAUUUUUGCUCACGGCUGUCAGUUUUUGCGUGUUUCAUGUGGUGGUCAUUCAAAUAUUUCGGGCAAUCUUUGUGUUUGUGACCACCCAUUAAACGUCCAAAUUACUUUUUUGUUCGCUGGUUACUGGCAUGAAUGGAGUUAGAAAGAAUUUGUUACGUACUGUAACUGUUAAGAGAUACGUUGUGAUGAUAACCGUCCCGUGACUAGAAGGGCGGUCUCAGUCGAUUAUUGUAGAAAACGAAAGCAGUCUGCGGAAUGUACGGCCCCCUACAAUAGACCCUCGCUUUUUACACGUAUACGUAAGCGGCAAUGUAUUAUGUGUGUUGUUUAGCUCAGAUUGAUAAGGUUCAGUCCCCGACCUAUUGUAGCUUCCCACGCAGACGCUCGAAGGGCGUGCGUCUGCGUGGGAGACUAGCCCCGAACCACACUAAUCCGUUUUCAAAAGUAUCCGUUUUCGUCUCAACGAACACCAAGCAAAAUAUUUUCGACCACAUUAGAGCGAUUUCCUUUUAUUUUUACCUUUCCAGACUAAUACGUUUUCAUUCGAAAACGCAUAUUUUUAUUACGUUUUCGUAGGUAUAUGGUCCACGCUAAAACGCCCGCAAACGCUGAUAGAAGCGAUAGUAUAUGACGCUUUUUUUGUCACAGUUUUCGAAAGUCUCUGUUUUCAUCAGCGUUUUCGAGCGUUUUAAUGUGGAUGAUAGGCGAAAACGCAUCAAAAAGUAUGAGUUUAUAACGAGAUAGUGUGGUCGGUUAGUUUACAACACCUCGCGCGUCGUUCCGGGUCUUCCAAGAAACGGUGGUUGUCACACUUAUUUAUGGAACCAGUGUCGCAUUUCCGCACUAGACCGGAAGAAUUAAUUGUUCUAGUUCCUUAUAUAUAUAUGACAAGAACCUUACUUCUCCAAUGUUAAUCAGUCGAUGAUAUAGCAACGAAUAAGCACUUUGAACACUUGCUUUCCUACUAUACAGAAUCGAUACAGAAAAUGUCGGAGACUACUUAUACCCUGAUAGGUCCAGAUGUUCAGAGGAUAAACUGCCGAUUAUGCAGGCGCCAGGCUUGUGUUAAGGUUUUCGUAAUGUUGACGUAUCUUGCCGUUCUUCUGUGGCGAUUCAUUGGGUUAAUAUUGUACAGUAUACAUGCCACCGAUUGCUUCUUCCGUGAAAAACUUGCCAGCUACCGUUGUAAGAAUUUUACGUUGUUCUCCCAUGCUGAUGAAUUGGAAAUAGCAUGGCAAAUGGCUUCUGUUAUCAACACCUUGCUUGUUAUUUUAGUUCUCGUGAAAGUACCUGACUAUGAGGGAUAUGUAUCUGUUCUUCGAAAUAACUCGAGGCAUGCCCGGUUUUGGUCGCUUUUCGGGCAACUGACAAUCGCUAUUACUUACAACAUCAUUGUCAUUUCAACUGAGCCACAGGGGAUAAGUAAAUUUAUCGAGGUAGGGUUCAUUCUUGGUGAGAUUUCUACGACUCUCGUUGUGUACCUGUGGAAUACUGUCCCUGCACCAUGGAAGAAGCCCAAAGUUAGUGCUGAGCAUCUACUUUACAUGCUAACACUGAUUUUGUUCAUUCUGGAGAAUUUUUAUCUCUUCAUUUUGAUUUCGACUCAAGCUGCUUUCCAAGUAACAGGCGUCAACAAUUUUCGUCGAACCCCAUCCGCAUUUCAGGCGAUAACUAUUGUCGUUAACGCGGCCGAGGCCACGUUUUAUUACGCCAUGAUGAAGUUCUUCUGGAACAAGCUCUUUGAUGAUCGUAAAAACCUUUUGAUCAAUGACAAUGUUUAA